CGCUCAACAGUAACCAUGAAGUUCCUCCUCAGUCUCACCAUCCUCGUCGCCGCGAUCUUCGUGGUGUACGGUUCCAGCGCCAGCUGGGGACGCCGCAACAGCAACGACUAUCUGCUCUCCCGCCAAGUGGAGGUCCGCAGUCCCAUUAAGAACAACUACUGGAACGUCAACGUCGACUUCCCACGUGCUGGCACCGUCAACUACUACAACAUCUCCGCCAUCUUCGUGUACGACAACUUCAAGAACACCUCUGGGGCCGCUCCCGCCCUGUGGUCCGGCGGACCAGGCUUCCGCUUCGCUCAGAUCAACCUCCGCAGCCAGGUGAACCGUGGCCUCAACUCCACCAUCGAGAUCUAUGGACGCUAAUCCAAGGAUGCAAUAGAACCGAAUAAAUUUUAAUAGAAACUGAAAAAAAAACCGAAAGUGUUCAUCGA